CGUGUGAGGAGGUACCGGAGCUUUACCGGAGAUAAACAGAGCGAUAAGGAGGCAGAGAUACGGGGAGGAAGGAGAAGCGGAGAUUCCCGGUGGAUGUGUAUUAUGGCGCGGAGGCGCGCGACUCCCGGGGUCCCGAGCCUGUCGUAGGACGCAGGAGAUUUGAGAGGAAGCCGUUCCCACUCACUCACUCACCCUCUCCUCUCCUCUCCUCUCUACACGGUGUGGCUUUGUGUUUGCGCACACAUUUGGGGAGGUGAUGAACAUGGCGACGGGAAGGCGCCUCCUGGCUGCUGCGCGUCUGUUCGGCAUCUGGAUCACUGCUGCUGCUGCUGCUGCGGCUCUCGGUGUGAGCCGUGGAGCCGAGCUGUCCUUUACUCUGGAGCCCAGUGACAUCAUCGCGGUCCAGGAGCAGCCGCUGAUGCUGCACUGUCAGGUGGAAGGGAUUCCACCAAUCACCACGCAGUGGAGGAGGAACGGAGCGCUCUUAUUGGAGGAUAAGAACUACGCCACGUUCAUUAACGGCUCACUGCUGAUUGGCCGUUUCCAGAGGAGCAGGGCUGACGGCUCUUCAGACGAGGGUGAUUACGAGUGCGUGGCCCAGAAUUCCUUUGGGCUGGUCGUCAGCCGCAAGGCCAAAGUGCAGGCUGCCACGAUGGCGGAGUUUCACGUGCACCCGCGCUCAGUGAGAACCGACCUCACAGGUGUGGCGCGCUUUCAGUGCCAAAUCCACGGGCUGCCCGAGCCGGUCAUUAGCUGGGAGAAAGAUGGGCGUGCUGUGGAUACAGGUGACGAGAGGUACACACUGUUACCCACAGGGGUGUUACAGAUUACGGGUGUUCGCCCAGAGGAUGGUGGAGUGUUCUGCUGCGUCGCUCACAACAGUGCAGGAGUCAAACACAGUGCUGGAGCUCGGCUCACUGUCUCAGGCUCACAGUCUUCUGUUUACAAAGACCCCAUGAUCCUCGUCGGCCCUGAGAACCUGACUCUCACCGUGCACCAGACGGCCAUCCUGGAGUGUGUGGCUACGGGAUAUCCCCGCCCCAUCGUGUCCUGGAGCCGCCUCGAUGGGCGUCCAAUCGGAGUCGAAGGCAUCCAGGUGUUGGGUACAGGCAACCUGAUGAUCUCAGACGUCCGUGUGAAACACUCAGGCGUCUACGUCUGCGCAGCCAACAAACCCGGAACACGUCUGCGUCGAACAGCUCAGGGUCACCUGGUGGUGCAGGCUCCAGCAGAGUUUGUUCAGCCUCCUCAGUCCAUCGCACGCCCCGUGGGCACCACCGCCAUCUUCACCUGCCUGGCACAGGGCGAGCCUACCCCUCAGCUUACAUGGCUAAAGAACGGGCAGAUUCUGGAACCUGGAGGCCACGUCAAGCUCAGGAACAACAACAGCACUCUGACCAUCUCCAGCAUCAGUCAGGAGGACGAAGCGAUAUAUCAGUGUAUAGCGGAGAACAGCGCCGGCUCGUCUCAGGCCAGCGCCCGUCUCACUGUCCUGUGGGUCGACGGGUUACCCGGCAUCCCGACCGGAGUGCGCGCCGAUGCCCUCUCGCCAACGUCCAUACAAGUGUCCUGGGACGAACCGGCCCAAAACACACAGGACAUCAUCGGCUACGUGCUGCACAUCCGCAAGACUGCAGACCCGCUAGAAAUGGAGUAUCAGGAGGCGGUGAGUAAAGUCACCCUCCAGCAAGUGGUUGCUGAUCUAGAACCCUCCACGAGCUACAGCUUCUAUGUCAAGGCUUACACCUCACGUGGAGCGAGCAAAGCCUCGGCCACGGCCCAGGAGAGCACACUCGGAGAAGUGCCCGCUCCUCCGUAUCUCCACACUAAGACGGUAAACUCCAGCGUGGUGCAGGCGGCCUGGGAGGCGUCCACUAAAAUGGGUCAGCAUGACGGCUUUAAGCUUUAUUACCGCAAAGCCCAUGAAACACAGUACACGGGUCCCGUCACCUUUUCACGCAACACCACGCACUACAACAUCUCUCUGAUGGAUCCAGCAGCCGUGUAUGAGAUCAAGGUUCUUGCAUUUAAUCAAUACGGAGACGGAAAUGCAACUCUGCGCUUUGUAUCUCUGAAGGAGUCAGUGGAGAAGUCAGUCUCGAACACUCCAUGUGACUGUGUCAAGGAAGAGCAGAAUAAAAGUUCUGCUACUGGGAUCAUUAUUGGUAUCCACAUCGGAGUCACCUGCAUUGUCUUCUGCGUCCUCUUUCUCAUGUUUAGUUACCGGGGAAGGUUAAUGGUGUGUAAGACUGCUCAGGCUGCUCCUCAGGUGGGACGAGACGCAAACGUCCCUGCAGCAGCUGUGGUUCUGGAGUCUUCCUCAUCUUCACAGGGAGCUCUGCCCCUCAAUGGAUUGCAUGCGUCCAGCAUCGCUGGCAACGGCGUGAAGUGCAUUGGAUCGUAUGAGAGGGAAAGACUCGUCUCAGGUCCGGGCGAUGCCACACACAUGAUGGAAAACUUGCUAGCCUCCAGUUCACUUAAUGAAACUCAGAUGUCCACACUUCCUCUGGAUGAUUUCAGCCUGAUAGAGGAACCCCAGGUACCCUAUCGUCCCGAAGUCCGGGCGGAUGAAGGAUGAACAUCAUUCGAAAAAAAUAUAUAUAUAAUAAUAAUAAAUUCCACUCAGUAAAUUUCCUCACUCUCAGGUCAACUGAAAAAUAUCCUAUUUUCAGUUGUUUUAUUUUCAUUGUGCAUAGAGUUUAUUAGUUAAAUACACACAUUUACAGGGAAUUCGCUGGACUCGAUAACGGGGAGUACGGCGUUAUUCUUCCACGGACUGAAUUCAUCAUUGGAAGGGAAAUAAAGUGAGAUUAUUUUUUUUACCAGCAGCACAAAGACACAUUU